AUGGACCGCGGCAGAAAGCGCGCUCUGUCGCCUUCAGCCGUCGCGUUGGCGAAAAAGCAGAAGCAGAAGUUGCAUGCCGAUGACAGACGCGUGAUUCAAGACGCAGCCACAGCUCUGAUCCGUGCUCGCCACCGCUCCCAGGCUCGGCGCGAGGCCAUUCACAAGUCCAACGCUACCGACUCCCCUCUACUCCGCCUGCCAGGUGAGAUCAGGAACAUGAUCUUUGGCUGGGUCUUCCGCGGUGUCAAGUACGGUCUUGACACCAAUUGGGGACCACUUGACAGCGGCGUCCGUAUGCAAAUCGAGACCGACUCGGGUUCCCUCGCACUUAACGGUCUCAACCUGCUUCUUGUUUGUCGCCAGAUUCACGUAGAGACCGCUCUGCUGCCAUACAGCCUUGGGUCGUUCGAUAUUUGGGGCUACUUCUUGACCACAGAGGAAGACCUGGAGACGGUUGAAAGGUUCUUGAAGGAGAGGACGCAGGAGCAGAUUGAAGCCAUUACAUGUCUGAGAAUUGAGGCAUUUGAUAACAAGGGUGGGCCUAAUCUGGUGGAGGGAAAUGGUGCAUUCUGGGUUGCGGAGCUAGAGGAGGCCUCAAGCCAGGCAGUCCUUUCGGACUUCACUACUUCUUCCAUCAACUCAAGCGUUUGA